AUGAACACGAUAAGUUCACCUAUCUCGCCCAGAUUUAACUGGGAGGCUCCGGACCUCGUAGAAGAAUGGCCCACAUUUAUUCAACACGUGGGAUUUUUGAUAAAGGGCCCUCUGAGCUCGAUAAAUGAAGAAGAGCAUUGUAACUACUUGAUGAUUUGGAUUGGCGAUAAGAGGAGAGACAUACAUUCCACUUGGAACCUGUCGGAGGAUGACAGUAAGAAUUUCUCGGUGAUCAAGGAGAAAUUCGAGAACCACGUGAAACCGAAGUCGAAUCGAGUAUAUUCAAGAUACAAGUUUCUUAGUAGGACACAGAGAGAAGGUGAGAUUUUUGAAAAAUUCCUCACAGACCUUAGACUUCUUGUCAAAGAAUGUGGAUAUAAGGAUCCAGACGAUAUGAUACGUGAUGCUAUUGUGUUUGGAACCAAAUACCAUAAAGUACGUGAAAAAUGUAUAAAUGAGGGGUCAGAUUUGACACUGGAGAAAGCUAUUAACUUCGCUAGAACGUCUGAACUGUCUAAGCAACAAGUACAGUCCAUGGAGGACAAAUCUGUUCAUGGUAUCUCAGUGAAAGCGAACAGGGGACAGACACAAUACAGGAAACAGAUAUUUCAUGCCAAAAAUGAAAGUGAAAGUACAAAGCAGAAAGUGAAAGACUGCAGAAACUGUGGUAAGACUCAUGAUUACAAACAAUGCCAUGCUUAUGGUGAAACAUGUAGAAAAUAUGGAAAACUAAAUCACUUUGCUGUAAAGUGUCGAUGA